UAAUCCAUCAUUUGACGUAUGAUGUUCAUGACACGAAGUAAAAAUACAAAACCGCUACACAGUAACUGUAGUGAGAAAAUUUCCGGUACGGUUCUCAUUACGAUCAAGGAUCGAACAUUAUAUUCCGAACACAAUUCCAAGCAGUAGGUCUAGGUACGAGUUGAAAUCGAACUGAACCUUAUUUCAAUAUGUUGAAAAUCAGAGUAAUCUACUUCUUGUUCUUGAUUUUGAGUUUGCAUUCGAUCACAGCUGUGAAAGAGAAUUUCAAUCUCGAAGAAGGAAAAAGGCUCACAAAAGGAAUUUUUGAAAAAAUCAGUCGCUUGUUUGGUAAUUCCAUAGAUUAUAAAAGCACUAUAGAUGGAGCCGAGAAUGUCAAUCAAUUGCUUUCAAAAGCAGACGGUAUUUUGACUCCCUUUCAAGACGAUUCAAUCGUAGAAAUGGCACGCGGCAAUCGCAAAGAUUUUCAACAAACACUAAAAACAUUCAUAAACGAGUUUAAUGCCUUAUUUGCACAAGCGAAAGAAGCGAGCGCAACGGAUCAGAAAUCUGAGGAACCUGAGGAAUCUGAGGAAUCUGAGGAGCCUCCAUUACAAUAUUUGAUGGAUAUGAUCAAUAAGAAAGAAGAUUGAUUUUGAUCAUAGAUGCUUAAAAAACAUAAAAACAUUUAUCGUAAGUUCACUAUAUUCGUAGAUGAAGUUCAUUAUUCUGCAGGCUGCAGUGAAUUUUACAAACUUUUUCAAUUUAAAUUAGAUAUAAUAUUAAGAUAAGAUAAAAUACGAAUCGUUAAUUUUUGUGUAAUAAUUGGCAGUGUAUAAAAUAAAUAUAAAUCUUUUAGCAA